AUGGCUUCUUCUCUCUCUGAUGUUGUUGACUUCUCUAAUGCUACCACCCUUCAUACCGUCAACAUGUCGAACGUAACCAAACUGACCGCCUCUAAUUUCUUAAUGUGGAAUCAUCAAGUUAAGGCUCUGCUCGCUGGUUACGGACUCGCUGGGUAUCUAGACGGAUCUGUUGUUGCACCGGCUUCCACUGUUACCACAAAUGGUGCUACCACAGUCAACCCUGAGUACACGCUAUGGGAGAGACAAGAUCAGCUCAUUUAUUCCUCUCUGCUGGGUGCAAUUUCUGUUGAAGUCCAGCCUAUCUUGUCUCAAACAUCCACAUCUGUUGGGAUCUGGACUCUCCUCUCCUCCACCUAUGCUCGUCCAAGUUGGGGACACAUCAAGCAGCUCCGUGAACAAAUCCACACCUGGAAGAAGGGCUCUCGUUCGGUUGAUGAAUACGUUCAAGGUUUUGUCAAUCGGUUUGAUCAGCUUGCUCUGCUUGGGAAACCUUAUGAACAUGAAGAGCAAGUUGAUUACAUUCUCGCUUGA